GCAAAAAACACACACCGAAGAAAAGAGACGAAACAACAUCACUGCGUUGGUUGACGCGCAAAAAAAAAAACGCGUUACGUGAGCCCGUGGAACGUCCGUGUGGUAACAAGCCGACGCAACCGACCCAGUGCCCGAGGGCGUGCGGUAACGCGGAAAAAGCUAAAAACGGAAAGCCACCGACGCACAUUUUACUCUCGCUCGUGGAAGUAUUUAAAAAGCAAACGGAACCAAGAGAAGAAAAAAAAAUCAACCCACGAACCCAGGGAAAGGUGCAAAUUGUCCCUCCCGGUUCCGGGUGUCGAAGAAUUCCGCCAAGUGGCCGUGCCAAGUGCUUGUUGCCUGUCGGUUCCGUGCGGUUAACGACGGGCCGUUGUGCAAACGGUGAACCUUCGCCGCAGGCAGUACAAAAAGACGGAUAAUGGAUGUUUCAAGGAUUAACUGCGCGUGCUAGAGCGGCGAACCAGACCGUGUGGUGGUGCUGGUGGAGAGCAACAGCAACAACAGCAAAAAAAAAAGUAUUCAUAUAUAUCAAGAGCCACCCGGAAGGGAGAAACGAUUAACAUGAACAUUUUUUAAAAGAAUAUGGAUCGGGUUAACACAUGAGAACUAUGAAGCAAAUUGCGGUUGUGAUGAUUCUCCUCAACAUCAGCUACGGUCAGUUCUCGCGCUCGCAGUCGGUCGACAUCGACGAACCGCACACGUACACACCACCGAGGCACUACUUCCAGACGUCCUCCUUCGACGAGGCCGACCUGGAGGACGACGUGGCGAAGAACCCGCUCGACCGGGGCCCCUACUUCGACAUCUCAGCUUCGCGCAACGUCACCGCACUCGUCGGCAACACGGCCUAUCUCAACUGUCGCGUCCGCAACCUCGGCAACCGCACGGUUUCCUGGAUCCGGCAUCGAGAUCUGCACCUGCUGACGGUCGGCAAAGCGACCUACACUUCCGACCAGCGCUACCAGAGCGUACACAACCCCCAGCUGGACGACUGGUCGCUCAAGGUCCUGUAUCCACAGCAGCGAGAUUCGGGUGUGUACGAGUGUCAAAUCUCCACGACGCCCCCGGUCGGUUACUCGAUGAUGCUGUCGGUUGUCGAACCCAUCACGACCAUUAUCGGCGGUCCGGACCUGUACAUCGACUCCGGUUCGACCGUGAAUCUCACCUGCAUCGUACGGCAUCUACCCGAGCCACCGCCGCUGAUCCAGUGGAACCACAACGAAGAGGAAAUCAACUACGAUUCACCGCGCGGAGGCGUGUCGGUAAUCACGGAAAAGGGCGAGAUAACGACCUCCUAUCUGCUGAUCCAGCGUGCCCGCAACGCCGACUCCGGCAAGUACACGUGCUUACCCUCGACGGCCAACCCGAUGACGGUUCACGUCCACGUGCUGAAUGGCGAACAUCCUGCGGCAAUACAAGGCACCGUUGGAUUGCGUGGCAGCAUUAUCCUUACGUUCGCGCUGCUGCUGCUGAUAAUUGGACUGCGCGAUACGCUUCCGGUGCGAUAA